GGCACGGCAUAUAUAUUUUAAAUUGUGAUAGGGGCAUGAAAGUUAAUAUGCACUGAUUUAACUGUAUCACACGAUGGCACGUUCGAAAGCCAAAAGCCAUAAGACUGAAAAAGAGACGUCAACGACUUUGCAGAAUAAGACAACAAAAUCAGAUAUAGCUGAGAAAGGGUCGCGAAAAAAAGAUGAUAUCGCGAAUAAAUUUGAACAAUAUGAAAGUAAAGAUGCAGACUACAGCAUUGCUAAAGAUAAGGGUGAUUGCAUGAAUUCUAAGCUUUCAACCACGCAAAUUCUCCCGGCUAACGACACAAAUAUCAAUAAGAAUGAACGCCAUGUGAAGGAAAGAUCAUUUUCUACAGCAGAUGAUGCAACGCCAAACGCUCCCGAUUCUACGCUGAAAUUUUUUGUUGGCGGUUUACAUCCAAAUUGUGAUGAAGCCGAACUGUCUAAUUAUUUUUCCAAAUAUGGUCAAAUCGUAACAUCUCAAGUUAUGAGGGACUUUAUGACCGGACGCCAUAGAGGAUUUGGUUUUGUGACCCUAAAAAUUCAAUCUAAUACUAUGGAUGUUUUUAAGGAUUCACACAUUCUUACCGGGAAACGGGUUGAUGUUAGAACAAUGCAAACAGACACAGCAGCAGGGUUAAGGAAAAAAAUAUUUGUUGGUGGUCUGUCGAAAGCUCUUAAUGAAGAAAUGCUUGAAGAAUAUUUCUCAAAGUUUGGUGAGAUUGAGAAGGUCACAAUCAUGCGUCAAUUGGAUGGCACCUCUAGAGGAUUUGGUUUUAUUCUCUUCGUGGCAGAAAAUUCUGCUGAAAAUGCAUUAAAGAGCCCUAGUCACUUUGUGUAUGGGAAUAAAGUAGAUGUGAGAGCUGCGGAAACCAGACCAAAAUUGAAUUCAAUGCGUGGUCAAGACUCUGCGUAUUCAUUGGGGAUGAUGCAGACCCCAACAAGCGAUGUUUACCCUUCUGUUUAUUCACAGAUGUCCAAAGAUUACUCAAAUUUUUAUAAACAAGGGGCAUAUGAUCCCCAAUAUGCACAGCAACAAAUACUACAACAGUACGCUCAACAACAACUGCUACAACAGCAAAUGGUCCAGCACCAAUUGGCUAUGGCAAAUUCUUAUGAGGGCUAUUAUAAUUCCGGAGGUCAGGUGGCACCUGCUUAUACGCAAGAUUCGUCUAAAUAUCCCUCAAUGUAUGGAGCUUAUAGAGGAAAAACUGAUUCAUCAUAUCAAUCCGGAGCUACAUAUACUGGUACUUCUAAUUUGAAAAGUUAUAGGCAGGAACCGUAUUAACUAUAUCCGAUCGGCAACGUGAUAAACACAAGAGUCUUUUUAGAGUAGUUUAUAUCAUU